AUGCAGAGAGCUGUAGACUUAUCAGAACUAAUCUCAACAGUAAUAAAGGAUGAUGCUACGAAACGCGCCAACUACCAAAAACCGGCCGGUUUUGAACUUACCAUAAAUGCACAGUUACUGACUACUAAAGAGGCUCAGCCAAACGAACUCGUUGCGCCUGCUGUUGAACUCACGGAGGAGCGCCUUGAGAGGGAACAACCUAGCGUGAUGUUAAAUGUGAGUUUCAAUAGCAUUAUGGAAAUGUAG